UAGAAUUCCACUUCCGUGUUUGUUUUGUCACGUGACCUUCCGUUCUAAACAUGGCGGCCAACGGCGCUGCUUCGGAGAGCUCUGUGAGGAAAAGGCGUGUGGACAGUAGAAAGACAGAGGCAGACUCUGGUCCCAGCGGUUCGGAAAAUGGAGCCAACACCAGCAGAGACUCCGGGAAAGAAAAGGAGCUCCUGUCCUUGGAGCCUGGGACCUUUUGGCUCACUCGCAUCGUGCUGCUGCGUUCCGUAGCCUUUAUUUACCUUGUGGCCUUCAGCGUUGCUUACAACCAGAACAAGCAACUGAUCGGGGAGAACGGCCUCAUGCCCAGCAAGGACUACCUGAACAGUGUGAAGCGCUAUGUGGGAGGAAAGAUUGGAAUGGCCUCCUUGGCGUACACUCCCUCCGUCCUCUGGUUCUUGGACUGGAACCACAUGGAUGCCAACCUGGACGGCAUCGCCCUGGUGGGGCUGCUGUUGUCCGGCUUUGUCCUGAUCACUGGGAUGGCCAACAUGGUGAUCAUGGUCACGCUGUGGGUGCUUUACCACUCCCUGGUCAGUGUUGGACAGCUGUGGUACUCCUUUGGUUGGGAGAGCCAGCUGCUGGAAACAGGCUUUUUGGCCAUUUUCUUGUGUCCACUGUGGACUCUUUCCCAGGUCCCCCGCCGCUGUCCUCCCUCCCUCAUCUGCAUCUGGACCUUCAGAUGGCUCAUCGUUCGCAUCAUGCUGGGUGCUGGUCUCAUUAAAAUCAGAGGCGACAAGUGCUGGAGAGACCUGACCUGCAUGGACUACCACUACGAGACUCAGCCAGUCCCCAACCCCAUCUCCUACUACAUUCAUCGCUCUCCCUGGUGGUUCCAUCGCUUCGAGACCUUGUCCAACCACUUCAUUGAGCUCAUCGCGCCUUUCUUCACUGUCCUGGGAAGGCGGAUGUGCAUGGUGAACGGAGCAAUCCAGAUUCUUUUUCAGAUCCUGAAGCUAACGGUCCCCUUUUCUCUGUAUUUAUUUUACCUGGAGGUGGUCUUGAUUGUGAGCGGGAAUCUUAGCUUUCUGAACUGGCUCACCAUCGUCCCGAGCGUGGCCUGCUUUGACGAUGCGUCGCUGGGCUUCUUGUUUGGUUCAGGGGCCGGAGCUAAAAAGGCAGUGCUGGAGAUUCAAAAUGAGCAAGUGGCUGGACGCACCCCCAAAUCCUCCAAAGGAAUGCUGAUUCGCCGGGUGGUGAACAUUGCUCUGGGAGUUCUGAUUGGCUGUCUCAGCAUCCCCGUGGUUCUGAACCUUUUGAGCUCCAGGCAGGUGAUGAACACCUCCUUCGACCCCCUGCGCAUCGUCAACACCUACGGGGCCUUUGGCAGCAUCACCAAGGAGCGCACAGAGGUGAUUUUCCAAGGUACCCUGAGCCCGGAUCCCAAAGACCCCGAGGCGGUUUGGGAGGAGUACCAGUUCUUCUGUAAACCGGGGGACGUGUUCCGGAGACCCUGCCUCAUAUCGCCGUACCACUACCGGCUGGACUGGCUCAUGUGGUUCGCAGCCUUCCAGACCUAUGAGCAGAGCGAGUGGGUGAUCCACAUAGCGGGACGCCUGCUGUCUAACGACACCACCGUCCUCUCACUGCUCGACCACAACCCCUUCCAAGGCAGAGACCCACCCAGGUGGAUCCGAGGAGAACAUUUCCGAUACAAGUUCAGCCAGCCGGGGACGGCCAGUGCAGAUCAGGGCAAGUGGUGGCUGAGAAAGCGCAUCGGGGCCUACUUCCCUCCAGUGGACCUGGAAUCUCUCCGGGGAUACUUCAAGUCCAGGAACUGGCCUCACCCACACAUCCCACGGAACAGGAACUAAAGUCCAAGCCUGAGUGGAGCCCAGGCGUCGGCAUCAGAGGGGAAUUCGGUUGCUUUAAAGUCAUUGCGUAAAGUAUUUUUCAGCCUCGCGUUCCUUCGUGUGCGCGGAGCUGUUAUCAGGGAGCAGAGCUUACUGUUGACCCCUAUGAGGAAGUGAUAGAGGAAAACUUUCCAAAAUACUGAAGGAUCCCAAACAAUGUGACUGUUCCUUAAAGUUUGAGUUUGAGAUGUAUUUCCAGUCAUUAUGAAUGAGGUGCUCGACUUUUCAGUGUUCCAUCUGGUAAAACAAAACAAUUACAUAAGCCAAAGCUACAUAUGACUCAGGAGGUUGUAAUUGUAACUGUUAAUUCUUUCCUUUUUUUUUUAUUCGCAAGACUUCUAAAAACUGUUGUGUCUGUGUGGAUAAGGUAUUGUUUUAAAAGUACAGAAGUACACUAAAUGGGGUUACAGAUUAUAAGAGCAGUUUAUUAAAAUAGGUGAGUGGGAGGCAAAAUGGACGCAUUUUUCAGCUGUUCAGUUUCUAACGUUUGUUAUUUGUUCUUUUAUUGUAACUUGGAAAAGUGGAGCCAAAUCAACUUAAUGUAAUUAUUUAGAGAGAAAGCCAAACGGAAUUCAUGUUUAAUCAAACAUGCCAAAAAAUUCAAAUGGUAUUUUAUUUUACUUUUCAAAGUGAAAAAUGUCAUUUCACCAAAAAAAGGUCAUAUAUUGGCCAAACUAAAGCAAUAACACUACACGUGGCACGGCUAUGAGCAAUUUAAAGAAGAUAAAAGGUUUACCAGAAUGUCUGUGGUUCACCAGAAAGAGGCUGUUUCAGUAAAACAAAAGACCAGAAGAUGGCACUGUUUUCCAGGUCAAAUAUGCUUUUGUUCUGAGCUACUGUAAAACGUAAGUCUGACACAAUUAAAGAAGAAAAGCAGAACCCUAGCAUUUAUUUGUUUUAGAUUCUAAGAAACGUUACAUCUAUAUUUUUUGAUAAGUGAGAAUUCAGAGUACCAUACGUCUUUGAUAAAGAGAGCAGAGGUAUGACCCCUCCAGAAAAUCUAGACCAGACACACAGAUGUUCCUAGCACACACACACACACACACAAACACACAACUCCAGCCAGCCUGCUUAUAUGAAAAUAAGUUCCCUGUGAUUAUUUGUCACAUUUUUCAGUUUAUAUGGUUUGACUGCAUUAUUGUUCUGGAUGCAUAGUGUUCUAAAAUACUGUUUGGAAGUUAAAAAAACACCAUAUUAUUUUGUCUACAGACAUACAUCUCACUAGUGUCUAAGCAAUCCAAUAAAGCCUCAAGAAGAGAUCACUCCAGGCUGCAUCCCUACAGAACUUUCUUUUUUUCAUCUGAA